GCGAGGACCAGAUUUGUGAAGCGGGAUGCUUUUUCUGUUCUGCAGGACUCGUGAACAGGUCCGAGCGGAAGAGGACCUCCAGCAGAUAACUGUGGAGCUCAAGCCGAAGUGUGAUAUUGAGAUUGUGGUGCCUGAUGUAGCUGCUGCAGGAGAGGCAGCCUCCUUAGCGUGUGCCACUAUGUUGUCGGCAGCAGCGGCCGAGGUCGAGACCGCUAGCCAGGCCUCUGAACCUGCCAGCCAAGCUUCGGACGAGGAGGAACUCCCAAUCCCGGAUAUCUAUUUUGUAAGCCACCUUUUCUCUUUCUGCCUAAAGCCGCGGUUGGUUUUGCUUUUCUCUCCUCCCUCCCGUCACUUUUCAACUCCCCUUGCUCCACACUUCCAUUCAGAAGACUUAAACAAACCAAGAAACCUGAACCGAGGUAUGGUCUUGUAACCCUGAUCCACGUUUGUCCCCUUGCAUUCGCCCUCUUUUUUCUGCCAGGUUGCUAGAGAAACCAACUGGGAAGUCUCUGCAGUUUUCCUUUCUCAGAAAAUCUCAGGAUUUCCUUGAAAUAGAUAGAAAUACGGUCCGCUGGCCCUGCCAA